UCUAUCUAGCAACAAGCUCUGAACGGCUAUGCACAUAACCCAGCUGAAUCAGGAAUGCCUUUUGCAUCUAUUUUCUUUUCUGGACAAGAACAGCCGGAAAAGCUUAGGAAAAACAUGUCACAAGUUGCUAGAAGUGUUUCAGGAUCCUUUACUGUGGCCUUUGUUGAACUUCCAUUCUCCAACGGAACUGAAGAAGGAUAAUUUUCUCCUGGGACCUGCUUUAAAAUACUUAUCCAUCUGUUGGUAUUCAGAAAGAGUCAAGGUGUGUAACAUUGAGGACUGGAUGAAAAACAAUCUCCAGAAAGACUUCUGUAACAAGCAUGAAAACACUGUCAGUGAUUUUUUACUAGAAGUUUGCAACAGAUGUCCAAACCUGCUGUCUCUGACCCUCUCUGGAUGUGGCCACGUUACAGACGAUUGCAUCUCGCUUCUUCUCAUGAACUGCCCAAACCUCAAGACACUCAAACUGGAAAACUGUGUGCGGAUCACUGACCAGACACUAGAAGCAGUGAUCUGCUAUGGGGCAUCACUGCAAACACUCCAUGUGGAUUUCUGCCGGAACAUAACACAAACUGGUCUAGAGAGAGUAAGGGAAAAAUGUCCCUCAGUAAUGCUGAGAGCAGAGAGAAGUGCUAACAUGAUUCCAGACAAUAAGCCCCAAAGAAAGUUGAUGCUUAGAAAAGCAUCAAGAAAAUUGGUUCAGGUUUGA